AUGGUAACCUUUUUUCUACACCUGUCCCAAGCCACUUUUCUUCCUCCACCACACCCUCAUAUCUUUACAACAUACACAAUGACUCCCCCUCCCGUGGCCCAGACCGUGCUCGAACACAUUGGCGACACGCCCAUGGUUGAGCUCCAAAAGAUCCCCCAGUCUCUGGGCAUCAAGUGCCGAAUUCUCGGAAAGUGCGAGUACUUCAACGCUGGUGGAUCCGUCAAGGACCGAAUUGCCAAGCGAAUGGUGCUUGAGGCCGAGAAGCAGGGCCGAAUCAAGCCCGACGCCGGCUACACUCUGAUUGAGCCCACGUCUGGUAAUACCGGUAUUGGACUUGCUCUUGUCGGCGCCGUCCGAGGUUACAGAACCAUCAUCACUCUGCCCGAGAAGAUGUCCAACGAGAAGGUGUCUGUGCUCAAGGCUCUGGGAGCCGAGAUUGUGAGAACACCCACUGAGGCCGCCUGGGACGCCCCCGAGUCCCACAUUGGAGUUGCCCGACGUCUGGAGCAGGAGAUCCCCAAGGCUGUCAUUCUCGAUCAGUACGGAAACGAGGCCAACCCCGACGCUCACCUCUACGGCACUGGUGCCGAGAUCUGGGAGCAGACUGAGGGUAAGGUGACCCAUCUCGUCGCUGGCGCCGGAACCGGAGGAACCAUCACCGGUAUUGCCAAGGCUCUCAAGGCCAAGAACAAGGACGUGGUUGUUGUGGCUGCUGACCCCAAGGGCUCCAUUCUGGCCGUCCCCGAGUCUCUCAACGACUCCAACGAGGGCUACAAGGUCGAGGGUAUCGGUUACGACUUCGUGCCCGACGUUCUGGACCGAGACGUGAUCAACUCGUGGAUCAAGACCGAGGACAGAGAGUCCUUCCUGCUGUCUCGACGACUCAUCAAGGAGGAGGGUCUGCUUGUGGGUGGAUCUUCUGGCUCGGCUCUGGCUGCCGCUCUUCAGGUCGCCAAGGACCUCACCGAGAACGACACUGUGGUUGUCGUCUUCCCUGAUUCUGUGCGAUCUUACAUCACCAAGUUCAUUGAUGACGACUGGAUGAAGAACAACGGCUUCGUAGACGAUGCCACCCUCGCCGAGCAGGCCAAGCGAAAGCAGCAGUACAAGGGCGCUACCAUUGCCGAUCUGCAUCUCAAGCCCGUUGUCACCGUAAAGGGUGACUCCACUGUGGCUACUGCUGUCGAGCUCAUGCGAGAGAAGGGCUUUGAUCAGAUCCCCGUUUCCAGCAAGUCCUCCGGCAAGCUCAUUGGCCUUGUUACUCUUGGUAACCUGCUCUCUUACCUUUCUCACGGCCGAGCUACCCCCGAGACUCCCGUUGAGAAGGUCAUGCUUGACUUCCGAAAGCUCGACUCUCACCAGCUCACCGCCGAUGCCAUUGCUUCUGCCACCGCCAGCCUUUCCAUUGGCACUCCUUCUGGCGAUAAGAAGGCCUCUAAGCAGCGACAGUUUGUGGAGGUUACUGUUGACACUCCUCUGUCUGCUCUCAACAAGUUCUUCGAGCACAACUCCAGUGUUAUUGUCACCGAGAAGGACUCCGAUGGUGUCAAGCCCGUGCACAUUGUUACCAAGGUCGAUCUGCUCGCUUACCUCGUCAAGAAUGGUUCUUUUGAGUAA